UCAAUCAGAGGGUCUGUCCCGGGGAGCCGCUCUUGCUCCAGCGCUGGCAAAAACAGCGGGUCGGGACAAUGUACUACCGCGGAUAUUGCAGGAUUUCUGCCGGCGAUGGGACUGAAUUCAGAGGCACUUGGAAGCCAAGCGAGUAACCAACCCGGGAGCAGCAACGCUGGGACAGCCUAUAGCAACAGCACAGGGAUGGUGCUGGAGACCAGCGCUGAAGCCGUCACCGCGCAGGCCUUCGAUCCGCACAACAGCUGUGUGCGCGCCUCCCAGCCUCCGCCUGCGGCCGACGGCCCGGAGCUCUCCCCGUCCAAUCAGGGUGCCAUCAAGUACGGAGAGGUCAUCGUCCUGGGGUACAACGGGUCGCUGGGGAGCGGCGACAGAGGGCGGCGACGUAGCCGGCUGGCGCUGUACAAGAGACCGAACGCGAAUGGCGUCAAGCCCGAUAUAGUUCAUAUCACAUCGACGCCCCUGGCUUCCAAGGCGCUGACCAACGCGGGGCAGCACAGCGUGUCGUACACCCUCUCCCGGAGCCAGUCCAUCAUCGUGGAGUACAGUCACGACAGCAACACCGACAUGUUCCAGAUCGGCCGCUCCACGGAGACGCUGAUCGACUUCGUGGUCACGGACACGGCCCCGGGCUCCCAGGGCGGCGGUGAGGCGCCGACUCUCCAGAGCACCAUCUCCCGGUUCGCCUGCCGCAUCACCUGCGACCGCAACCCGCCCUACACCGCGCGCGUCUACGCGGCUGGCUUUGACUCCUCCAACAACAUCUUCCUCGGGGAAAGGGCGGCCAAGUGGCGAACCAGCGACGGGCUGAUGGACGGCCUCACCACCAACGGCGUCCUGGUCAUGCACCCGGUGCACGGCUUCUGCGAGGACUCCGCGCCCGGCGCCUGGCGGGAGAUCUCCGUCUGCGGGAAGGUGUACGCCCUGCGGGAGACAAGGUCGGCGCAGCAGAGGGGCAAGCUGGUGGAGAACGAAUCGAACGUCCUGCAGGACGGCUCCCUGAUUGACCUGUGCGGGGCCACCCUGCUCUGGCGCAGCACCCCGGGCCUGGAGCGUGCGCCAACGCUGAAGCACCUGGAGGCGCUGCGUCAGGAGGUGAAUGCGGCGCGGCCGCAGUGCCCGGUGGGAUUCCGCACGCUGGCCUUCCCCAGCCUGGCGCGCCGGGAGGUGAUCGAGAAGCAGCAGCCCUGGGUCUACGUCAGCUGCGGCCACGUCCACGGCUACCACGGCUGGGGCUGCCGCAAGGAGGCGGGCGGCGGCCUGGAGGAGCGCGAGUGCCCGCUGUGCCGGCGGGUGGGGCCCUACGUGCCGCUCUGGAUGGGCUGCGAGGCCGGCUCCUACCUGGACGCCGGGCCGCCCAGCCACGCCUUCUGCCCCUGCGGCCAUGUCUGCUCGGCCAGCACGGUCAGGUACUGGUCGCGGAUCCCGCUCCCCCACGGCACGCACGCCUUCCACGCCGCCUGCCCCUUCUGCGGCACCUGGCUGACCGGGGAGAAGGGCUACGUCAAGCUGAUCUACCAGGGACCGCUGGACUGAGCAGAGAGACCCUCCUAAUGGGGAGCACCCGCCACCCCGCCUCGUUCCCCCCCCCCACCUCUCCAGGUUAUUAUGCAAACCCACCUGUCGUUUUCUUUUCUAAAAAAA